AUGGGUGUAAAUGGGGUUAUAUCCCGACGAGCGUGGAACGUGGAGACUUGUUUCCGAGAGCAUCACGGUGUGGAAGAAGCUAUUGACCUUUACGAUAUAUUAGACGAAAAUUACAUGCCUGGGAAGCUGUUACUUCUAGAGAAUAUUUCAAAAAUUUCAGGAACAAAUACAACCUCUAUCGAAAAUCCAAUUAAUUUUCAUUAUGGCAGUGCAGAAGAAGCAAUUUCAACUAUGGGUUACCACAGGAAAAUGAUGAACGAAUAUUUAUGCCGAACUUAUGUAUCCGAAAAGAUUUUGUCUGGCAUGACAUUGACGCGAAUCAAACGAAAAUUGGGAAACGAUACUGAUUCAUUAUUAGAAUCAUCAUCGUUGACAUCAACAGAAAAGUUUUUAAAUGAUGAAGGAUCAACUAAAUACAAAGAAUGGUUGAAGAGAAGUGCAACUCUCCAAGACAUUUACCGCCAGUUUGAAAAUCCUUCCCAACACGGAUCCCAAGAAACUCAAAAUAGAAAUGACGGAGGUUUGGGAACUUACGCGGGUCCUUUAGAUUACGGUCAUUACGAGCAAUCAACAGUUACUCCGACUGUUGGAUCGGCUGCAAAAGUUGGCUACAUCGGUGAUGGGACUUACAGCUACAAUGGAGACCAUGGCAGCCACGCAGGGUAUGGCUAUGGACCACCCGCGCCAUACGAGGACUUCACUUAUGAAGAGCAACACCACUAUGCUCCCAAGUAUUAUCCAAAGAACAAGAAGAAGGAGGAACUAACUCAGCUAUUCGAAAUUGCUCUUACAGCCUUGGCAUAUUUAUCUUUUGGAAUGUUUCUAAUUCACGUCUUGAUGUGUAUAAUGUCGGCGGGAUCUUAUGCAAAUGUAACCACAAUGGCUGCAAUGCCCAUGAGCAUGGGACCAACAGCAGGAAUGAUGGAUGGCGAGGGUACUUUUGAGCUUACGCCAACUGGGACUGAUGGUACAGGUCCCGGAACAGGAACUGGUGGAGAUGGUACAGGAACGGCAACGGGAGGUGGUGGUACUGGAGAUGGAACUGAUGGAACAGGAACUGACGGAGGCGCUGAUGGAGAUGAAGGUGGAGGAGAUAAUGGUGCUGGUGAUGAUGAUGGAAUAGAUGUAAAUACAGGAGGUGAUGAUAAUGAUGAUGGUACUGGGACAAAUGAUGACGAUGGUGGUACAGAAAACAAUGAUGAAGAUACGGAAAUAAUUACAUCUGAAGAUGGAGAUGGCAUGAGGUUCAGAUUUAAGAGAAACGUUAAUGGGUUUAUGAAAACAUCGGUCUUAAACGAAAUGGCCAGAAAAGUUUUGAUCACCAUCGAUACAGCCCUUAUGGCAGAAAGUGAUAAUGGGGAAUGCUUGAGACGAAGUUUGUGUGAAAAUAAUAAAUAUUCGAGAGGUUUAAAUGAAAAUGGAAAAUAUUGGAUUCCAGUUUGGAGUUUAGGUAUGAGCUGGCUUUCCGGACUAUUGGUAAAAGAAAUACCACGAUCGACAUCUAUGUUGGAAAGCCUGAAAGCUUCUUUGCUCGGACUGGGAAAUUCAGACUGCGAGUUCAUUUAUGGAAACUGCAAUUUAUAA